AUGGAAACCUUGAGACAGAAACUGUCAUGCCCCGUCUGUCCGGAGCUGUUCACGCCCCCCGUCCUGGUCCUGUCCGGCGCACACAACUUCUGUAAGCAGUGCCUGGAGAAGAUCCUGCUACACCAAAACUGUCACCACAUCAACGGGUUGUUCCACUGCCCCCUGUGCAGGAAGGUCAUUUAUUUGAGGGGCAGAGGAAUUGUUGGCCAACUACGAAAUAGUUUAGUUGAAACUAUACUGGAGAAAUUUAAAUAUGAGCUUGAAAAAAUCUGUACUCAGGAGAAAAGACAGUUGACCCAAAUCUGUGAAGAACAUGGAGAAAACAUGAAUUUGAUGUGUCUGACUGAUGAUAAGCCAAUACAUGCAAUCUGGAAACUCUUUGGAAAACACGAGGACCACAAUGUUGCAAAAAUACCAGAAGCUUACAAUGCAAGGAAAAAAACAUUUAUAAAAAAAUUACACUUAGUUCAUAAGAAAUCUGAAGAAGCUAGGAAGGAAACUGAAAAGCUAAUCAAUGAGCUAACAGCUGGUGUUACAGACACCAAGGUAAUGAUUGACACAGUUGGAAUGGGUUUGCUGAAGGGCAUAUGGUACCGAAUGGCUGAACUGCAAGCCAAGUUACACCAUGACUAUUCUACAAAACUGGAGAAACUGCAG